AUGUCGACAGACACAACAGCAAUAGGAAAUCUUAAUAAUGAAACGACGAAUACUCGUCGUGUUGAACCACCUGUUAAUGUUUAUGUACGUAUUCGACCAUUUAUUGGCGAUGAACUUGCUCGUGGUGAAAGUCAAAAUAUGCUUUGUAUUCGUGAUGAAAAACGUAUUGCUGUUAAACUUUAUCCAACAGCAACAAAUAAUAUCCGACCAGCACAAACAUCGUAUAAUGAAUAUGAGGUCACUAGAAUAUUUGAUCAUAAUUGUACACAACAAGAACUUUUUGAACAAAUUCUUGAACAACCGACUGAUGAAAUAUUUACUGGUUCUAAUUGGCUUUUAUGUACACUUGGUCUUACGAAUAGUGGUAAAACUCAUACAAUGUUUGGUACACCAAAAGAUCCUGGUCUUAUUCCUCAAUGUUUACAACGUAUAUUUUUACAUAUUGGUUAUAAUAUUGAUGCGAAAGUUUUAUAUAAACCUGAUGGUUUAGAAAAUUUAGUACAAACAAAUAUGAAUAAUCUUCAAGAUGAAAUCAAUUAUCGUAAAUAUAUAUUUAAAGAUGAUAAAGAUGAUUAUCGCCGAAAUCAUUUACAAAAUAUUGUUCAAGAUCAACCAUCAAUUCUUGAUGAUCAUUCAGUUGAAGAUGAACAUUAUUCUGUCUGGAUAUCAUUUUUUGAAUUAUAUAAUGAAAAUGUAUUUGAUUUACUUAUUAAACCAAGUGCAAUGAAAAAACGUAAACCAUUACGUUUAAUGCAAAAUAAUGAAUCAACAAUUAUAAAAGAUCUUGUACAAAUUCCAGUUUUUGAUUUAAAAGAAGCUGAAGAUACAAUUCGAUUUGGUUAUUCAAAUCGUGCAACAUCAAAAACAGAUUUAAAUGAAGCAUCAUCACGUUCACAUGCUGUACUUUGUAUUACAUUAAUUACAUUUGAUGAAUUUGAAGAAGAACCGACAAUGAGUCAUAUGUGUAAGUUUAGUUUUAAAAA